AUGUAGUGGCUUAUGUUGAAGUGUGGUCAGCCAAUGGAACAGAAAAUUAUUCAAAGACAUUUACAAACCAACUUGUGGAGAUGGGGGCAAAGGUUUCAAAGACUUUUAGCAAACGAGUGACUCAUGUCGUGUUCAAAGACGGCCACCAGCGCACUUGGGAGAGAGCGCAGGAGAGAGGGGUCAAGCUCGUCUCCGUGCUCUGGGUGGAAAAGUGCAGGACGGCUGGGGCGCACGUCGCGGAGUCCCUGUUCCCGGCAGCGAGCGCUCACGGACACCUGCCGUGCCUCGUCAAGAAGAAACAUAGGUGUAUGCAGCCCAAAGAUUUUAUUCCUAAAACACCAGAAAAUGACAAGAGACUUCAAAAGAAAAUUGAGAAAAUGGCUAAUGAGCUACAAAAGCAAAAAACAACUCUAGAGAAUGACGUCCCUGUUCUCUUGUUUGAGUCCAAUGGUUCCCUGACGUACAGUCCCACCAUCACCAUGUACCGUGGUCACCACAGGGCCAUGGAGAAGAGGUUGCAGGAGAUGAAGGAGAAACGGGAAAACCUCUCCCCGACCUCUUCCCAAACGAUUGAAAAGCCUUAUGAGAACCCUGUUAACUCUUCGUGUGAAGCAUCUUCGAACAUUUCACAUGAUACUCUGUGCUCAGAGGACUCCUUUGCUGGUGGUCUGCAGUUGUCUUUUGAUGAUCUUUGUGGAAACUCAAGAUGUGGGAACCAGGAAAGGAAGUGGGGCGGAUUCGCUGAUGACAUUGAAAGUGAGGUGUGUGUUUCUUCACCUGCACUGAGAACAAGCAGUAUCCAGCCACCAGCAUCUCCCACGCCCCGCAGCCAGUCACCUCCCCAGAAAUCUACGAGGCACCCUUUGGAGGAAGAAGGAAGUGGGCAGCGAGGGCCUGGCGGUGAGGUGGUUGGUCCUGAGAAGCCGCCUGAAGGCACCGCCCCGAUGGUCGAUGAGAGGGGUGCUUUGUCUCCUGCGUCGUCUGCAGCCAAAGGCCACCCUCUGGGACACCUGUGGCCCAAGAGCUCGGCAAAGAGAAGACGAACCGCAGAACCUCCGCCUCCGAAGGAAAGACUGAAGAAAAGAGUCGGCAGGAGGUCUCCCGCGCCACGCGUGCAGCUGUUCCCAGCAGAGAGCGGCCUGCAGGCCACGGCCAGCUCUCCUGUCAGGACACUUGACGGGGGGGCGUCCUCGUAUGAGGAUUACUUCUCACCCGAUAACCUUAGGGAAAGGCGCUCGGACAGUCUUCGCCCUGGACGGCGGUCGUCCUUAAGCCCUGCUCAGUUCCUCUGCAGAGUAGGGCUUUCCAAGGAGGAGAGAAAAAACGUCUUAGAAACGUGUGACUUUUCCUGCAUCGGCAGAAAACCCAGGUCAGUCGCCAUCACCAGUGUGACAGCGAAACCUACUUCCAGUCUCCAGACGCCGAGAAGGGAUGAGUCCGACACACCUGUGGGUGGUGCGACGUCUAAGGAGACACCUGCUGCUGAGGAAGCUCCCGGGCGCUGUGGACAGGCUGAUGCGCAGAAGGGAGCUGGUGCGAGCCCCGACGGGAAUGGAUUUUCCCACAGCGACAGCGGGCUCAUGCACCAGAGGGGACGGGCCGGCAGAGCGCAGCAGGGUGGUUCCGCUCCGAGCAGUGAAGAAAUGGAAGAGUUGGUGGACGUGCAAAGAGAAGGCCCCACUUCUAGCACGCUGAGCUCCUCUGAAGGUGAAUCUUACAGCAUUAUACGUGAAUUGGGUGCGGAGAGCGGACCAACAAGGUGUGGUGCUGGGGAAGGCUCCUGGCCAGGCUGCGAGGGCCUCGUCCCCCCUGAGGGAUCAAAGAGAAGGCGUAAAGACCGAAAGCCAACAAGAACAUUAGUCAUGACAAGCAUGCCAGCUGAAAAGCAGAACAUCGUCACCCUGGUUGUAGCCAAGUUGAAAGGCUUUUCACUAGCCCCCGAGGUGUGUGAAACCACCACGCACGUGCUGGCCGGGAAGGCGCUGCGCACCCUCAAUGUGCUGCUGGGCUUGGCGCGUGGCUGCUGGAUCCUCUCCUAUGAGUGGGUGCUGUGGUCUUUGGAACUGGGUCACUGGAUUUCUGAGGAGCCCUUCGAGCUUUGCGACUCCUUCCCUGCAGCUCCUUGGAAAGCAGCCCAGAGGCCAGUGUGGCUGGAUCGCGGGUGUGAGCGAAGCGGAUGGAGAGGCCCAGCGCCAGCCGGACGCCGCGGAGCUCGAACCAGCGCCAGACCUGGACCCGCUUCCUACAGUGUUGAAAACUACAAGAACACUUGGAAACCUUGUGGUGUUGCAGUCAGUGCUGAUUAUGUAGCCAUUAUCUCCCCGUGAAGUGGAAACUAGUGAACUUGAAACAGUUUUAAAAACCAAGCUCUGCCGCCUGGAGCGCUGUCUGUCCGCAGGGCAGCACCGCGGGUCCCUGUUCGCCCGCCAGCCCACCAUGUUCAUCUCGCCGGCCAGUGACCCCCCCAGAGCCA